CGGCGGCGACGGAGAAGGUUCUCUCUUCCCCUCCCGCGCCGUCUCCGCCGCCUCGCCUCGCCUCAGGCGGGGUCCCGGGCUUCCCCCACCGAUGACGGCGGCAAACUGCGAAAGCGGCGCCAACGACGAGCUCGACUUCAGGCUCAUCUUCGGGGAGGAGGACGGCGGGCGGCAGCAGCAGCAGCAGCCGGGACCGCCUCCCACCACCACCACCACGCCGCUUGGGCCUACCUCAGCCACAGCAGCAGCAGAUUUUGAACCUGACAAUUGUGCAUCUGUGUGCAUCUUCAAUGUAGACCACUCAUCGUCUGUAAACCAUCCUAUUUGUAUCCCCUGUCAUGGAUUUCAGUCACACCCAUCACCCUUGUCUUCUCCUAAUAGACUGCAAGGUCAUAAAAGCUACGAAGGAAGCUGUGAAGUUUCAGAAUCCAAAUACAGUCCACUAGGUGGUCCUAAGCCUUUUGAAUGUCCUAGUAUUCAAAUUACUUCUAUUUCUCCUAAUUGUCAUCAAGGAAUAGAAGUCAGUGAAAAUGAGAUGCACACAAAUGGCCCUCAAAAUGAAUAUAUGGAAAGGCCUUCAAGGGACCACUUGUAUCUUCCUCUUGAGCCAUCUUACCGGGAAUCCUCCCUUAGCCCAAGUCCUGCCAGCAGCAUUUCUUCUCGGAGCUGGUUCUCAGAUGCCUCCUCUUGCGAAUCAAUCUCUCAUAUUUAUGAUGAUGUGGAUUCAGAACUGAACGAAGCUGCUGCUCGAUUUACCCUUGGCUCACCUUUGGCGUCUCCUGGAGGUUCUCCAAGGGGCUGUCCAGUGGAUGAACCUUGGCAACCAUCUUAUGGAUAUGGGCAGGUCUUAUCACCUAGGCAAUCCCCGUGUCAUUCUCCUAGGACUAGUAUCACAGAUGAGAAUUGGCUUAGCCCCAGGCCAACUUCAAGACCAUCCUCAAGGCCUACCUCACCAUGUGGGAAACGGCGACAUUCUAGUGCUGAGAUCUGUUACAUUGGCUCCCUUUCUCCUCACCAUUCUCCAACCCCAUCACCAGGACACUCUCCUAGGGGAAGUAUAACAGAAGACACAUGGCUAAAUUCUUCUCUCCAUGGUUUGACUCCUGGCCUCUCACCUUUCCAGUGUUGUGCAGAGACUGACAUCCCUCUUAAAACAAGAAAGACCUCUGAUGACCAGACUGCCAUUUUAUCAGGGAAAAUAGACCUUUGUUCUGAAGAACAGGGCAGUUUAUCACCAUCCCUUGAAACUGCCAUAGAUGAUAGCUCUGGAUCCCAGCAUACAUUAAAAAAAGACCUGCCUGGUGACCAAUUUCUUUCUGUUCCUUCACACUUUACCUGGAAUAAACCAAAGCCUGGCCAUACUCCUAUUUUUCGCACAUCCUCGUUGCCUCCCCUGGACUGGCCUUUGCCUACGCAAUACGGACAGUGUGAAUUGAAAAUAGAAGUCCAACCAAAAACACACCAUAGAGCACAUUAUGAAACAGAAGGCAGUAGAGGAGCCGUGAAAGCAUCCACUGGUGGGCAUCCUGUAGUGAAGCUCUUGGGUUACAGUGAAAAACCAGUAAACCUACAGAUGUUCAUUGGAACAGCAGAUGAUCGUUAUUUACGACCUCACGCCUUUUACCAGGUGCACAGGAUCACAGGAAAAACAGUUGCUACUGCUAGUCAAGAAAUAAUAAUUACUAGCACAAAGGUUUUGGAAAUUCCACUUCUUCCUGAAAAUAAUAUGACAGCCAGUAUUGAUUGCGCAGGUAUUUUGAAGCUUCGCAAUUCAGACAUAGAACUUCGUAAGGGGGAGACGGAUAUUGGAAGAAAAAACACCAGAGUGCGGCUUGUAUUUCGAGUACACAUUCCCCAGCCUAGCGGAAAGGUCUUGUCCCUUCAAGUUGCAUCAAUACCCGUUGAAUGCUCCCAGAGAUCAGCCCAAGAACUUCCUCAGAUCGAGAAAUACAGCAUCAACAGUUCCUCAGUAAAUGGAGGUCAUGAACUGGUUAUAAGUGGAUCUAACUUCCUUCCAGAAUCAAAAGUGAUCUUUCUUGAAAAGGGGCAAGAUGGACGGCCCCAGUGGGAGGUGGAAGGAAAAAUAAUUAGGGAGAGAAGUCAAGAGGCUACAAUUGUUCUUGAAGUUCCUCCGUAUCACAACAAAUCGAUUUCAGCUGCUGUCCAGGUGCAGUUUUAUGUUUGCAACGGCAAGAGGAAAAAAAGCCAGUCUCAGCGUUUUACGUACACUCCAGUUGUACUGAAGCAAGAGAACAGAGAUGAAAUGGAUUUGUCUUCGCUUCCAUCCCUGUCCCUGACUCAUUGCCCAGGUGUGAAAGGACUCUCUUCUCUCCAAACUCAGCUGCCUUCCCCCGAUCCAGGGCUCUCACAUGAGACUUUACUUUCAGCCUCACCCAGGAGCCUUGUAUGCCCUGCUCAGCAGACAUACACCCCCAUGGUGUCCUCAGCAGUGUCCCAGUUGUCCCACAUUCAGGGUAGAAGUAUCAGUCCAGGCGAAGAGCAUUCUGUUUUGUCCUCAGCUGGAGUUCACCAGUCUUUUCAGGUCACGGCAACCCCUUCUACGAGGCCUUCCUACCAGCCUAUGCAAUCUAACGUUAUAUACAAUGGACAGCCUGGUCUUCCCAUGAACUCUGCCUCCUCCAGCCAAGGAUAUGAUGCAAUUCCAUUUCAGCAAGAUGCAACUGUAUCUCCAUUGAUGAACCUUAGCUGCCAAUCUCUGCCACCAAUGCCGUAUCAUUCUUCAGGGUCCGUGUCAACGCCGGCUGCGACAGCCCAGUCCAGACAGCCCUCACCCCACCUUCAACCAGUGGGGUACCAUUGUCCAAACGCUCAGCAAGGCUCAGUCUCUUCUUCUGCAAUGACUCCAUCCCUUGGGCACCCUUCUUCACAGUUGCAGCAGGUCACUUACAGUGCUUCAAACCAAGGUAAUACUCCAUCACCAUCACCAAACUCUUCUCAUUCUUUGGUCCAUUCACCACGGUCUGGGCCAUCUUCACCACAGUUGCAACCCAUGCCUUACCAGACUCCUAGCUCAGGACCUGCCUCAUCUCCACCUCCAAAUGCUGUUGGUCACUGUGGACAGCAGUCCCCACAGGCACAUAGCCCAGGUUUGGGAGGAAUUGCCGCAGCGUCAUCUUUAAUGCACCAUCCCAUUUGUGAUACAUCUCCAUUUUCAUCAGAGGGGUCAGCUGUUAACGUUAAGCCUGAACCAGAGGAUCGAGAGUUGAAUUUUCAGACAAUGGGGCUGCAAGACAUCACUCUAGAUGAUGUGAAUGAAAUCAUAGGACGAGACAUGUCUCAGAUCUCUGUGUCCCACGGAGCAGGAGCGAACAUCCACUCUCCGCAUACGUGCUCUGCAUCUUUGGAGGCAGGAAUAUCGGAUGGAGUUCAGUAGCAAUUUACACUUAGGAACUAAGCAGUCCAGAAAACUUCGCACUUUUCCUCUACAAAUGCUUCGUCCCCUCCUUAGAAUUUCUGUGCUUCCGACUUUGUGGCCUUGAUGACGUAGAACACGGAUCCUUUCAGAGCCGUUCUGGGAGAUUUGGGUGGCAGAUUUGGUUGAUGCUUCUCUCUUAGAGACGGAGCAAUUUAAUUCUACCUUUUUAGGAUGCUGUAAAAUAAUUUUGUAAAAAAAUGGACACGAGACACAAGAUACUUUAACCUUCGAGAGAGAUACCAAUGAGCUUUCUUUGUUUUGCGCAUUUAAUAGAAUACUUUUAUAUUAAGUGCUUAAUUGUAUGGAGAAACAUAGUUUUGCUCUCAAUAUGCACAGUACUGAAUGUGGGGAUUUUUUUUAAAAAAAAAAUACACAUCUUAUAUGCUGCUUUCCCUUAGGAGUGAUAUUAGGAUUGUAAUAUAAAUUUAUAUAUUGGGGAGGGGGGUCUUUUUGAAGAGCCUUUAAGCUUAUAGGGUUUGAAAGAGAAUUUUUUUUAUAAUGAAUUAUUUCAGAGGCACAAAAGUCCUUGUCAUCUUAAGCCAAUGCCUUUGGAAGUCUUGUUGUAUGAAAGGUGAUGCGCAUUUUCUUUAGGUUUUUUAGGAAGCAAAGCCAAAUGUAAAUCUGUGUUCUUUAUACACUGAAAAUCUUUGGUAGGCUGCAAAGAGACCAUUCCGUCGUGGAAGUAUUGGGAUAAGAAAAAUGACAUUCCAAAGUCUAACGUUUGUAACUUUAUAGCCCUUACCAGUUCAGGCCCCUACUGACAAAAA